UAAAUUUGCGCGGGCUUGGUCCUGGCAUAGUCAUGGCGGCCUUCCGCGACAUGGAAGAGGUGAGCCAGGGGCUGCUGAGCCUGUUGGGCGCCAACCGCGCGGAGGCGCAGCAACGGCGGCUGCUGGGGCGCCACGAGCAGGUGGUGGAACGGCUGCUGGAGACGCAAGACAGCGCCGAACAACGGCUGCGAGAGAUCCUGGCUGCAGAAGAAGAAGUGGCCCAGAGCCUUCUGGAUGCGAAGGAGCGGGCGCACCAGGGGGGCGCCGAGUUGCAGCAGCUCGAAGCUGAGCUCCGGAAGGCCGGCGAGGAGGACACCCGUCUGAAGGCCAGCCUCCUAUAUCCUUCCUUGCGUGCGCGGACGGCCGGGCCUCGGGCUCACUGCCGGGGUGCCCGUUUGGUCGUGCUGGGAACCCAGCUCGGAGCCCUGGGCCCACGGCGGCCCCCCUUCCAGAGCGAGGUGACCUUAACUGCCUGCUUUACUCAGCUCACCAGAGAGCUGGAGGAGCUCAAGGAGACCGAGGCCAGUCUCGAGAGGCAGGAGAGGGAAGUUGACGAAGACACGACUGUCACCAUCCCUUCGGCCGUGUAUGUGGCUCAGCUUUAUCGCCAGAUUAGCAAAAUUGAGUGGGACUAUGAGUGUGAGCCAGGGAUGGUCAAAGGCAUUCAUCACGGCCCCAGCGUCGCCCAGCCUGUCCAGCUGGACAGCACCCAGCUCUCCAAGAAGUUCAUCAGCGACUAUCUCUGGAACUUGGUAGACACGGACUGGUAGCCCGGAGCCUCAAGGACGCGUCUGCACACGGCACGAGUCAGUGUGGUGGGUGGUCGGUGCCUCAGCGGUGAGAGGAGCUGAAAAUUAAAUGUUUCUCCAGA